GCUGGACUGUAAGGAGAGGACUAAGAGUAGAAGUUGAAGGCAGUCAGAGAUAUUUGCAUUUGGGAGUGGGGUAUUUCUCACCACUUUGGGGAUUGCUAUAGGCUGCCCAUGGCUUUCUGAGAUCAGCAUGUGCUAGAUGGCAAACAGGAAGGCUGGUGGAAUCUUGGAAGUGUCACUUCACUGAGCUAUGAAGAGGAAAAGUCAAGGAAGAGAGAGAAAAUAUGCAGAGACACAGCUAUAAAAAGGAAGAAUUAAGGGCAAAGCGGGUUUGUUACCAUAUCUGUAAUUGCUGGUAUAUAUCUGGACAGUGCUUUUAGGGGUUAGCAACUGGAAAAUUAUGGCAGACUUGUGUACAAAGAUUUCAUCUGUGCCAUGGAACAGAGCUGGGACAUGGGUACUUGCCUGUGUCUUUCUUGCUGUGCAGUCCUUUCUUGUCAACGGACAAGAGCACUCUGGAUACCAUUCAGGUGACGAAGACACCUAUAGGAAAAUAGCGGCAGAAUCAUACCCUUAUUUGCCUGAAUUAGGAAGUACAUCUUAUGAUGGCUAUAAAUCAGGAGAUGAUUUCAGGAUGACAUCCACAAGCAUCCCUUUCCUCACAGACUAUCCUGGUAGAUAUUACCCAGAGGAAACCACAGCUGGAUAUUAUGCGUCGUCAUCUUCAGGUUAUUACCCGGACAGAGAGAAACACACUUUCCCAACAAAAUACUAUGUUGAUGCUAGAGAUGAUACAACUUUGACAGUUAAGACAUCAUUCAGUGAAGAGAAAAAUCUUUUCCCAGUUCCUGAAAUCUCAAGAGAAGCACAAGUCACUGAUCUAUUGGAAGAACUAGAAGUACACAGGGCUUCUGGAGUUAGUAUUGUUCCCGGAUCACAAAGCGACCUGACAGCUUAUCAGCUUGGACCAAGCGUGCAAGUCAGAAGAGAAACCAGAUUUAUUCUCCCAUAUGGGUUCCCCCAGGAAUUCUCUGUAGUCUCCACCUUCAGAAUGAGAGAGGACACCUCAGAGGUGGUCUGGGAUCUGUGGGAAGUGAUGGACAGAGAAGGUGCUGAUCAGUUCAGGCUGCGUCUGUAUGGUGAGAGCUAUGCAGUUGACAUAUAUAAUGCAGCAGGAGCAGCAACAGGUAGUGAGCUCACCACCUUUGAGAACCUGGAGAAGCUUUUCGAUGGGGCAUGGCACAAGCUCGCUCUGUAUGCCAGGAGACACCAUAUUACUUUGUAUGUAGAUUGCCAGCAAGUGGGCACAGCCCCUGUCACUCAUGAUGGAGCAAUCAGAACAGAUGGAGAUAGUGUUUUGGCCAGGAGAAUAAAGGAUGAUGUUACUCCGCUGGUUGAUGUGCAGCAACUUCAGCUUUACACAGACCAUAACCAGGCAGUGGAUGAAACUUGUUGUGAAAUACCUGGAGUGGAAGAUGACCGGUGUGCUAGUUCAGGACUUAUGGAAACUAGAAAGGAUUGCAACUGCCAGCCUGGAGAACCAGGUUAUGCUGGCCUUCCUGGUCCAAAGGGUGAAAAAGGUGAUCAAGGUGCUCUAGGCUUCCCAGGAUUUCAAGGAAGACAGGGUGAGCCAGGACCACCAGGUUCCGAAGGCUCCUCUGGAUGUUCAGAAGCUAUGGGUUUCCUUGGUGAAACAGGUGAACUUGGCCCCCCAGGGAAAAAGGGUGAACCUGGUUUGCCUGGACCUCAGGGUGAAUCUGGAAUAGAAGGAGAAAUUAGGGAUGCUGGUGGGAGUGGUGAGGAUGGUGGCUCUGGUGAUCCAGGAGAAACGGGUUCCCAAGGAAGACCAGGAAAACAAGGACCUCAGGGGCCUGUGGGACCCAAGGGCUUUGCUGGUGCCAAAGGAAACAAAGGAGAUAUCGGAGAACCAGGAUAUAGGGGUUAUCCAGGAGCCCCCGGAGAGACCGGAGAAGAUGGGCCAAAGGGCAAUGAAGGAUCUCCAGGAAUACCAGGCAGUGAUGGCAUUCCAGGAAGGGAUGGUCCUCUAGGAAUACCAGGAUUAGAAGGCGAGAUUGGACUCAUGGGACCAAAGGGAGAUAAAGGCGAGCGAGGUCCAAGAGGCCCACCUGGAAGGCCAGGUUCCAUGGGCACCAAAGGUGAAAUGGGGGAUCCUGGCCUACCAGGUAACCCUGGCCCUAAAGGAAUAAAUGGCCAAAAGGGGGCUCAAGGUGAGACUGGAGAUGACGGCCCAAAGGGUGAUGUGGGAAGAAAAGGAAGCCGUGGGGAUGCUGGAUCCCAGGGGGAUGAUGGAGACAGAGGAGACAAAGGACAACAAGGAGAACGUGGCUUUCCUGGCCCUGCUGGUCCAAAGGGACAAAGAGGUGUCCCUGGAUUACCUGGUCCAAGAGGCUUCCCUGGCCCCACUGGAGAGGAUGGAGCAACUGGGCCCCCUGGAUCUCCAGGGUCUCGGGGACCUGAAGGGCCAGGGCUGCCUGAGGAGCAGGUGUAUGAACUGUGUCGUAAUGUGGUUAUAGCUCAGAUAGCCCAAUAUGCACCUGCUAUCAGAUACAAAUGUGCCAGCGCCUGUCCUACUGCUAACAUGACACUAAUUGGCCCCCCAGGGCCUCGUGGAAUGGCAGGACCACCAGGAAAAAAGGGAAAAACAGGUCUUGAUGGAUUUAAAGGUGAGCCUGGUCCAAGAGGACCUAUUGGAUUUCCUGGAGCUAAAGGAGCAGCUGGGGAACCAGGAGACAGAGGCCAGAAAGGUGAGAGAGGAGAUUCGGGCAUGGGACUCCCUGGCCCAGAUGGACCUCAAGGCUUUAGAGGAUUCCCUGGACAUCCUGCUGUUGCCAAAGAUGGCCAGCCAGGCACAGCAGGUCCCCCUGGAUACAGCGGUCCUCCAGGUCAGCCAGGAUUUCCUGGCCCUUCGGGUGUCCCUGGACUAUGUGAAGCAACAGACUGCAGGAUCUAUGCGCCUCACCUACUGUCAGAACAGGGAUUAGUGAAGGGACCAUCUGUUUAAUUAUAAAAUAAUAAUGAUGCCAGGAUAGAUGUGGAAAAAUAUCCGGAUGGCACCCAUUUCCUGUUGGAAUAACGCCACCACCUGAUUCUUCAUUGGUGACCUAGUAAUGUUCUACUUGGCUAAUGGGAUCCUGAUAUUAGGCAUUAAACCCCAAAUGUUGUGAUUUCUUUAUUAUAUGCCCAGCUAUAUUUAUGCAAACCUGUGCAACUGGUGUAUUGUGGAAGUACCAUUUCACCCUCAAAUCAUUGGUGCAUAAACACUAAACAACAGAUAAGUAAACAUUGCAGUAAGUCCAGCUAAGAAUAAAUUUUGCCCUCGGAUCUUCAAGUACUACCCCAUUUUAAUAGUUCUAGUUAAAGUUCUUGAGUGUUUGAUUAUCCAUUAAAAAGCAACAGAGGGUCCUGUGGCACCUUUAAGACUAACAGAAGUAUUGGGAGCAUAAGCUUUCUGCAUCUGAAGAAGUGAGGUUCUUACCCAUGAAAGCUUAUGCUCCCAAUACUUCUGUUAGUCUUAAAGGUGCCACAGGACCCUCUGUUGCUUUUUACAGAUUCAAACUAACACAGCUACCCCUCUGAUACUUGAUUAUCCAUUGAGACUCAAGGCUGCUUGACUUUUAUUUAAAAUGUAUUCUGGGUCUCUUAUAAACCAAGUGAAUGCAGAUAAACAAGAAGAGACAAAUUCUGCUCUCAGUUAUAAUAGUCUAAACUCAGAGCAACUUCAACCAAGUAAAUCAUUUCUCUGGAUCUACCCUAAACAGAUGAGCUGAAUUGAUCUAUCAGAUUGAAAAAGUCUGUAUGGCAAGAUGCGGUUUUUUUAAAAAAUCUCUAUGUAGACAGCCACAGUCUAUUCAUUCAGCCUAUUUUAUGCUGAACUGUACACUUGCUAUUUUAUUGUAUUCCUGCACCUCAUUUUGUAAUUCACAAAGCUGGCUGACUAAUCAGACCUUGGCAUGUCCAUAUUAUCAAACAGAAGAAGACAGACAAAAAUCCGUGUUUGAACUUGGCUGUUGUUGUGUAAACAAUAUUGUGCUCUAUGAGCCAAAAGCUGUAAUCCUUUCUCAAUCCAUUGCCUUCAAUAGGUGUCUUGCCUGAUUACGGCUGGCAGGAUCAGUGCCACUGUUUGUACCUCUAGAAGACUAGUUCAGUAAAGAAAGGUUUCAUCAGUUAUUCCCAAUUCCCUUAUUAGCAGAAGCCUGCUGUCUAUGGUAGUGGUUCUCAACCAGGGAUCUGGGGCUGCCUGGGGGACCUUGAGCAGGUUUCAAGGGGUCCACCAAAAUAAACCAGAGAGCAGGGCUAGUGUUAGACUUGCUGAGGCCCAGGGCAGAAAGCCUGAGCCCCGCUGCUGGGGCUGAAAGCCGAAGCCUGAUCAAACUAUCGUUGUGGGUCCCUGGGCAAUCACCCGCCUUGUGACCCUCUAAUGCUAGCCCUGGCUUUUAAUUUACUGGAUAUGCAGAAAAACAGGUGUUGUGGCACAGGUGGGCCAGGGAAGUUUUACAGCAUGUUGGCAGGACCUCAGAAAGCAAAAGGUUGAGAAUCCCUGCUCUAUGGAAUUGGCCCUGCUCAUAACUAAAGAUACAAUUCUGUUUUCACUGAGGGCAAUGGCAAAACUCCCAUUGGUUUCAGUGGUGCAGAAUUGAACCUUCAGGGCCAGAUCCAAAGUCCAUUAAAGUCUAUGGAAAGUCUCCCACUUGAUUUCAAUGAUCUUUGGAUCAGGCCCUAUAUGUAUGCAACAGCUGACCCACCACUCUUCACCGUUUUGUGGGUUUGGCUUUUCACUGGGAAAGGCUGUGGCACCUCAUUCAAAGCUUUCUAUAUUUUUCUUUAUCACCUACUGCUGUUCAUGGUUCAGAAGCUGCUUGUAGGGUUCCCAGCCUGUGUUCUGUCCCAUGCUAUGUACUGUAAACUGUCUUGGGUUUGUCUGUAAGAUGCCUAGCACACAUCCGAUGCUCUAGGAACUCACAUCAAUAGCGAUACUUCUCAGGACUGACGGGGAGAGGAGGGUGUUACCUGUGGGGCAGGGUUUCAUGUUUGACGUUUUACAUUUUCUGCACAACUGUCGGUUAUUUGCAAUUCAUUAGUACUUCCCUGGAUCUUGAAGUCUCCUGGCAGCUUGACUAAAAUGACAGGCUGAAAUUCUAGAUGUUUACUCUGUCACGUUGAGCUACUGCUUCGAGCAUUUUGGUUUCUGCAUGUUUUGCUGCCACCAGUUUCAUACACUGAUCUUUGUCUGACAAAAAAAAUUAAGGACUAGAAUGUGAUUAAGGCUACAAGACAUCAGAGGGGACUAAGAACCGCACCAUAUAGCUAGAUUUGUGUGACCUGGGUACUGGGUUUGGAUGUGCAAGAGUAAGUGGGCCUAUUACCUAUUUACUCUCUCCCCAGAGCAGGGAGUGGGAAGGAGCAGAGAAUGGCCCCAUCCUACCUUACUCACUGGCCAAAGUAGCUGAGCCAGUGGGAGAGGUAGUAACCUCCUGCUGGUAUAGGCCACCCCUGUCUCCCGCCCACCUGAAGGAGCAAGCAGGGGAGGAGUUAUAACUGACAGGUGCCACAGUGUCUCCUAAAGAUACUCAUGGAUUGGUGUAGACCUUGUCAGAGAUGUGCCUAAAGACUCAAUCUAGCUCUGGAGGAUUACUCUGGAUGCCCAAUGGUGACAGUGUCUGUGGACCAAGAGUCAGUUUGAAGGGUUCUUUUCUAUAAAUAAAUUUCCCAGAAGGGAAUCAAAUAAUACAUAUGCACAUUUGUUUUUCAAAUUACAAAACUUUUCUUGUUUAAAAAAUAAUGGAUUUAUCCCUCUCCCCUCCCUCCACUAAAUCCAACCAAGA